CGAGACGAACAGGAAGCGGAAACUAGCGAAGCGCUAGCUAGCUUAGCAACAGAUAGCUCGUAUCAGGGAAUACAGAUCUGGUUAGCUGCAACUAUGGAGUCCGGAGAUACAGGGAGAGGAGGCUGGAACAACAAGUUCCGGCCAGCCCAGAAGAACAGGAUGAGUGUGAACAUUCUCCGUCAGGAGGAGCUGAUCGCCCAGAAGAAGCGCGAGAUCGAGGCUAAGAUGGCAGAGCAAGCCAAGAAAAAGAGCCUUCAGGCUCCCAACAAGCCACUACCACCAAGUUCACAGGGACACUCUUCGAACAACAACAAGUAUGUGAACGACGGAAGCUUCUUGCAGCAGUUUAUGAAGCUUCAGAAGGACAAACCCAGCUCCGACUCUGGCUCCAGUAGUGACACCAAAGCCCCGUCAUCAUCCACCCCCAGUCCGUCGUCAGGAGUGUCUCAGCCCCAGAUGAAGAGCAUUCUCAUCGGCAAGCGACCCGGUCUAGGGAUCAGCAGCAUGCUAAGCCAGUUUAAGAACUACUCCCAGUCCAAGAAGACCCCGCUUCUCCCCCAAAGACCUAGCAUAUUCAGCUCCCCAGAUGAAGAUGAUGAUGAUGAUGAGGAAGUUGAUGACUCAAGCUUCCUAGAAAUCAAAGUCUUUCCCCCAGAAGACCCAGACACACGACUUAUCCUGGACAAGAUGGCGGCCUUUGUGGCUGAGGGAGGGCCUGAGCUAGAGAGGAAGGCCAAGGAGGACUACAAGGACAACCCUGUUUUCUCAUUUUUGUAUGAUAAUAACAGCCAGGAUUAUCUUUAUUACCGAAAGAGAGUUGCUGAACUCCGAAAGGAUCAAUCAAAACAUGAGACGCCAUCACGUUCUCAUGUCUCCCCCCCAGUGGACGAGGAGACCCAGAGGGUGGCUGAGAAGCUGGCCAUGUUUGUGGCCGAUGGUGGCCCCGAGGUGGAAGCCAUCGCCGCCCAGCACAACCAGGAAAACCCCACCUUCAGUUUUCUAUAUGACCUCCAAAGCCCCGCCCACCGUUUCUACAAGGAGAAGGUGGAGGAGUACCGCCAGGCCAAAAAUGCCCAGAGCCCCCCUCCAACGAUUAAGCAGGAACCUGAGGUGGAGCUCAAGAGACCGGCCGCCCCUCCCCUGACUUAUCCUCCCCCACCUCCGCCCCCUCACUACCCCUACCUGGUGGGUCAAGUAAAGCUGGAGCCGGGUCUGGGGAUAAAACAGGAAGUGUCAGGUACGCCCGUGGUGAAGAGGAAGAGGAAGAGCCGCUGGGGGUCGGAGGACGACAAGGUGGAUCUGUCACUGCAACCCAUCAUCAUCCCCAAGGAGGAGGAGCAAGAGCCCAGCCCGUGUCUCUCUGUUAAUGAACUGAGGGAUCUGGGCUAUAAGAAGGGAAAGCCUAUGGGCCUGGUGGGAGUGACUGAGCUCUCAGACGACCAGAAGAAACAGCUCAAAGAGCAACAGGAGAUGCAGGAGAUGUUUGACAUGAUCAUGAAGCAUAAGCGUGCCAUGGCAGAGAUGCAGGUGAUGUGGGAGAAGGCGGUGCGGGACCACUCCCACGAGUACGAUAGUGACGAGGAGGUGGACCAGCAGGAUGGCACCUGGGAGCACCGCCUCCGGCACAUGGAGAUGGAGAAAACACGUGAGUGGGCAGAGUCGCUGACUGACAUGGGAAAGGGGAAGCACUUCAUUGGUGACUUCCUACCUCCGGAGGAGCUGGAGAAGUUUAUGGAGACCUUCAAGGCACUCAAGGAGGGCCGUAACCCAGACUACUCGGAGUAUAAGGAGUUUAAGCUGACGGUGGAGAACCUUGGUUUCCAGAUGCUCAUGAAGAUGGGCUGGAAGGAGGGCGAUGGGCUUGGCUCUGGUGGACAGGGCAUCAAGACUCCGGUCCACAGGGGAACCACGGCUGUUGACGGGGCAGGGUUUGGCGUGGACCGGCCCUCUGAGCUCUCAGGACAGGACGAUGAGUAUGAUGCUUUCAGAAAGAGGAUGAUGCUGGCCUACCGCUUCAGGCCUAACCCACUGAACAACCCGAGGAGGCCAUACUACUGAAGAAGAGGUCUGAACUUGGCUGACUUCGUCAACUUUUCAUUUUUUAAACAACCAACAGUGGCAUAUUGAUUUCUCUUUGUUGUGGAAACAAACUGUAGGACACUCAGUUCAAGUAAUCUCCUCUAGAUUGUGUGGAAUUGUGUGGUUGGUGAUAAACUUUUUAGGCUGGAGAUUAAGGAUGGAUUUGUCUGAUCUAAAGUUUUCUAAGAGUCAGUUGAUGUUCUUACUGAACUGCAGAAUGAAAGUUUCCUAUUUGAUCAAUCGGACGGCUAGGGGAGCUUUGUGAUGGCUCGCUAUCAUGAUCUGAUUUCACAGUCAUGACUCUUAACACAGAACAACCUACACACACACACACACAUGAAUACAUACAUAGUGGAUGGAAUAAGUACCCAAUUGUCAUACUUGAGUAAAAGUAAAGAUACCUUAAUAGAAAAGGACUCAAGUGAAAUUCCCCCAGUAAAAAUAUUUGGUUUUAAAUAUACUUAAGUAAAUGUAAUUGCUAAAAUAUACUUGUUUUUUUAUUUACGAGUAGCCAGGAGCACACUCCAACACUCAGACAUAAUUUAUAAACAAUGCAUGUGUGUUUAGUGAGUCCAUCAGAUCAGAGGCAGUAAGGAGGACCAGGGAUGUUCUCUUGGUAAGUGUGUGAAUUUCACAAUUUUCCUGGCCUGCUUGCUAAGCAUUCAAAAUGUAAUGAGUACUUUUGGGUGUCAUGGAAACUUUAUGGAUUAAAAAGUACAUUAUUUUAUUUAAGAAUGUAGUAAAAGUUGUCAGAAAUAUAUAUAUAGUAAAGUACAGAUACUUAAGUAGUACUUUAAAGUAUUUUUACUUAAGUACUUUAAACAACUACACAAACAAUUUGAAUGAAGAUUUUUUUUAAAUCAGUUUGAAGGUAAUGAAUGGCUUUGAAGUUAGUUAUUUCUGUACAUGGUUUUGCUAUGGUUGUACAUCGUAAAUGCAACAAAUGUAAAAUGCUUCACUGCAAACAAUAAAAAUGUAUACACUGAACAAAAAUAUAAAUGCAACAGGCAACAAUUUCAAAGA